CUUUCAACCACAUUUAUCUCCAUUCUCCCUCCUUUCCCGAAACGUAAAUACACCUUUUGCUCGAUUUGGAUCGCGUCGAAGGUGCGUCGUGGAGGCGAAAAGGAGAGCCCGGCUUUCCCUACGAGUCCGGGAUCCUCGCUUGACAGCAGUGGUCGCUAGCGGCGCGACUUCCUGUUGGAGGUGCACGUUUUUCAACAAAGGAACACACAUACACACAGUGGCUACGCGGCUCGGAAGAAGUUUAUUUCCCACGGAAUCUAUAUGAUGGAGGAUGCUACAGUGGAAAAGUUUAUCUUACAGGUUCAAGAAUACAAGGACUCUCUUAAGACUAAGGUAGCGGAGGAAUUGUUGAUAAAGGGAUUCCCUGAGAAAAUAGUUAAAUUAAAUGAAUUGCUGGAGACACCUGGAUUCUGCAACCGGAAGUUGUCGGAUGUACAUCAAGAAUUAAACGUACCCAUUCCAGACCCAAUAGUUCUUAAUCAUUCCGAAGAUGCCCCUGCUACAAAGAAGCUUAAGUUGGACAAUAAUGCAGAGGAAACCAGCGGAACCAAAGUCAUGGUACUACCAAACGGUCCAGUACCUUGCAACAAAAAACUAUGUGAUCUGAUUUACAUAGUUAAACCGUACAUUAGACAACUUUUGGAGGAUUCUAAUUUAUUAAAAAUGUGGAUUUCUUUCCUGAUUCCAAAAAUCGAAGAUGGAAAUAACUUUGGUGUAUCAAUACAAGAAGAUACGUUAUCUGAGAUUCAAUCAGUUGAAAGUGAAGCAGCCGCGUUCUUCGAUCAAAUCUCUAGGUAUUUCAUCUCUAGAGGAAAGAUCGUUAGUAAAGUCGCGAAAUAUCCACACAUCAUCGAUUAUAGAAGAGCGAUUCAAGAACUAGACGAAAAGGAGUACGUGAGCUUGUGGCUGGUGAUGUGCGAGGUCCGCAAUCGCUACUGUUCGCUGCACGAUCUCGUGAUCAAGAACAUUGAAAAGAUCAAACGGCCACGUUCCUCCAACGCGCAAUCACUGUACUAAGCAUGCUCGUACAACGCGCUGUAUCUACUUGCGGAAUAAUUCAAUAUGAACGUAAAAAUUCGUAAAAUAUAAUAAUAUAAAAUAAAACUCAUCUCAUCAACAUAA